CUGGCAGCCUUUGGGCUCUGAGGGCCCAGGUCCCCAGGUGGGUUGGGUGCUGGGUGCACACAUGUAACCCUAGAGACAACGGGUGUUGGAAAACUUAUCUGAGUUAGAAACUUGGAAUCCCAGAUUUGAACCUGAAGGGAGCUUAAGAACUCCCCUAGCCCAAUGGUUUCAAAAUCUAUUUUGUUUCAAACCCCUGGCACAAAAGAAUACCCAGAACAUCAGAGAGAAGCCCUCCCCCCUCCCUAGCAGGAGUGAAACCACAUCCCCUGGGUCCUGGCUGGGGACACCGGAGCUGUGAUUUCAGAGCAGAAUGCGCAGGGCAGAGACGGGUGCAGGUGGAGUUCAGAGAGAAACAGGACUUCUACAGAUGAAACGGUCACUCAUGGAAUAAACAUAGCUGAAGAGAGAAUCGGUAAUGUGGAAGACAGAGUAGAUAGAAUGCAGCAAAAAGAACAUAGGAGAGCUUAAGAACCAGAGAAAGAAGGUAUAGACUGUAGACUUCCUGAGGGAGACGGUGGCAGAGGAGUUUCCAAAAUGGGAAGAGAUUUAAGAAGGCAAACAAUCCCCUAACAGAAGUCACAUCAACCCUGUCCCUCCCUGCUGUAUCCUCACAACAGAGCUGUGGGGGGGCCCAGUAAAUACUUAGAGUGAACAGAUGCAGAACUCUGGAGACAAAAAGUUAGGAUCUAAGGAAAGAUACUGGCCUAGGAGUGAUGGUUACAGCUGAUGUCCCCGUAGCAGCCACAGAUACCAGAAGGCGGGGAGAUGAGGUGGUGGGAGUGGGGAGAAGGAACAGCCCGCUAAGAUUGUGCACCCUGAGCCGUCUUGAAAUAUUCAGGAAACUGAUUGGAUGUCACCACCAAUACACCUGCAGGGCAGAAAUGCUCGAAGAAUCCUGGUGGACGGGGGACUUUUGCAGGAGGAAGACCCGAGCCGUAGGAAGCUAAUAGUUCAGUCCCUGAGAAAAUAAUAACAGCAUGUAACUCAGGAGGAGCCAACCAGAGACGAGGUAUUCUAAAGUCCUGGGUUAACUUUAGACUUUAAACACAUGUACCUUGGGUAACCACUAAGAGAAUGGGUGUGCAGUGCACAGUUUCGAAGCCAGUGGCUGGGGUGAGGCGGGGCCAGGGCGAGGAAUAAGAAAUUUUUAGCAAUCCUAAAAAAUGUAAGGAGCGGGCAAAAUCUGACUAUUAGCAAUUCCCAAAAUAAGAUGACUGGGGGCUGCGUGGGUGCACGGGAUGCCCGCCUGGGUUCUGACCACUCCGCUUCUGCCGGAACUUCCUGCCCACGUGCACCAGGGAAAGCAGCCGCAGGUGGCUCAGGUGCCGGCCCAGCCACCCACACUGGGAGCCUGGCCUCGGCCUGGCCCACCCUGGCUGUUGCAGCCGUCUGGGGGUGGGUCAGCAGAUGGGUCUGUCUGUCUCUCUCAUUCUGCCUUUCAAAUAAGUAAAUAAGGCCGGUGCCGCAGCUCAAUAGGCUAAUCCUCCGCCUGCGGCGCCGGCACACCAGGUUCUAGUCCCGGUCCGGGCACCGGAUUCUGUCCCGGUUGCCCCUCUUCCAGGCCAGCUCUUUGCUAUGGCCCGGGAGGGCAGUGGAGGAUGGCCCAAGUCCUUGGGCCCUGCACCCCAUGGGAGACCAGGAGAAGCACCUGGCUCCUGGCUUCGGAUCAGCGUGGUGUGCGGGCCGCGGCGGCCAUUGGAGGGUGAACCAACGGCAAAGGAAGACCUUUCUCUCUCUCUCUCUCUCUCUCUCUCUCUCUCUCUCUCUCUGUCCACUCUGCCUGUAAAAAAGAAAAUCAUCAAAUAUAAUAAGCGAAUCGUUGCGAACGGGCCUACGCCCCGGGAGGCCCUGCAUUCACUAAGCAUCUGGUGUGGACACCAAGCAGCAGGGGCACGUGAACCGGCCCGAGGUUCGGAGGCGCGGGCCCCCCACAGAUCACGCAGCACCGCGACCCGGGCUCGGUGCUCCUGCCUCCCAGAGGCGCCCACGCUCGGGACGGAGGCCACGAAGGGCUGCGCGGAGGCCGGCGGGGACCGGCGAGCUCAAAGGCUUGGCAGCUGCACCGUCAGAGAGCCUUGAGGGAAGUGUGCCUGGGCCAAACUCGCGGCGCGACCAGGGAGGGAUCCCGAGGCCGAACGCUGCCCGCCUUACACUUGCGGGGCUGCACGCGGGUACCACAGCCUCGCCCGCAGGCGCCCUCCGCUGCGAUCCGGCCCGCGCGUGCGCAGACGCCGCGGCCACGCCCAGGGGCGGGGCUAGCACCGGCGGGCUCUCUCUGCCGGCCGACGCUCGCUCCGCCCGGUCGCCAGCUGGUGUCGUUAGCUGUCCGCGGCCGAGGGCCCCUCCACGUUCAGAGCGGUGUGCUCGGAGGAGGACCCGAGGAGGACGGACGCGCGAGGUCGCGGGUCCAGGAGGCCAGAAAACUGGCCGUGGGCUCUUUGAGUGGGGAGGGGAGGGGGCUGUGAGUGUCCUGGAGGGGAGUGGGGCUGCAGCCCGGGCAGGCAGAGGGACCCCCGGCAGACCCUGCGGACCGAGCCUCCGCAGACCGACCCUGGCGAGGCGUGAGGCGGGCGGCGUGGGCGGGGCUGGGCCCCCGGGCAGCGGCCGGCCUUGCGGGCGGGGACCCUUCUGAGCGCCAGCGUCCUCUUCUCUGGAGCAAGGAGCCUCGGCCUUGAGGCUGCGGUGCAGACUGCGGUGCCCGCGCGGCUCAGAGCCCGUGGAUCAAGCAGACCCGGCCUCGACUAUGGUUUGGACCAAGGACGCCACUGCCCCGCACUCCCUGGAGUCAAGGCCUGAAGCUGGCCACAAGGAGAAUGUGCCCCCUAGGCCUGCUGUCCCCCUGAGGCCAGAGCCACGGAGAGGCCCAAGGAGCCCGGGUGGCGGCCUGCGCAGUGGACAUGGCUGGUGCAGGCCCUGGUGCCAGGCCGAGAGGCAGGGGCCUGCCGCCGCAGCCUCCCCUGGGACGAUGAUGGGCCAGGAGCCCUCUCCAGUCCAGAGCAACCUGGCCAGUGCUAGGUCCUGCCUGGGCCUUGCCCUGAAGGACACGCCUGACCCGGCGGCCAGCGCAAGCUCCCGACAGCAGAGCAAUGUGUGGGCCCGGGCCGCGUGGCCCCCGGCGAAGGCACGAGACCUCACCGUCCUCGCCCAGCAAAGCAACCUGGGCCUCAGCAGCACUGGCAGCCCCGCCCCCCUGAGCUGCUCCGGGCCCCACGCGCUGACCUGGGCACGUCCCCCUCCGAGAAGGCCGCCGGCUCGCCCAUCCCCUGGCCCAAGGCGGUCCCAGCUGCAGGCCACAGACACCCUCUGGCCGGGCUUUAGGCCUCUCGCUGGGCGCCCCCGGCCGGGCCCCAGAUCCUGGUGUGGCCUGGGGAGCCGGACCUCCGGGCUCCUUGGGAAGCCCCUGACGCUGGAGGACCUGGCUGUCCCUGCCCCGCGCCAGGCUCGGGCCCCGCCCCACGCUGCCAUUCCCCAGCUGCUGGCCCCCGUGCGACAGCCGGAGCACCAGGCCACCUGUCUUCUGUGCCCGGCAUUCCACGAGCCCCCAGGCUGGGAACUCCCAGGCCACUCCCGACCCAGCCGGCCCACCGUGGCUUGCCGGAGUCACAGGGAAAGCGAAAAUGUCCCGGACCCUCAGGCCUACGGCAAGCCGGUGUGGCCCGAGAGCGCUCUGCAGGGGCUGUCUGGGGUUCUUGACUCUCAGCGGGAGGUCCCCCCCACUCCACACCUGGGGCCAGGAGAGAGCAGCAGGGGGCCGCCGGGGGACCCCAGGCCUCCUCCACUCCGUUCCUCGGCCUUCUCGGGAGCAGCAGGCGGGGUGGGGGCCCUCAGGGAGCAGGCCGGUGGGGAGAAGGCGAGGACGGCUUCCUGUCGGUCCGGUCUGCCAGAUGAGGCCUUGGUGGCAGUCAGAAGCACAACACAGCGUGAGGCCCCGCCCACCGUGACCCCGGAGUCCCAGGCAGCCUGCCGGCAGCUGCUGUCCAGAUGUUUCCGAGCCUGGAGGCGCGCGGCGGCGGCCGUGGCGCUGGGUCGCCAGCAGCUGCUACAGAAAGGCCUGCGGGCGCUGCGCUGGGCCGUGCGGCUGCGCGAGGCCCGGCUGGAGGCGGCAGGGCGGCAGCACAGGAAGGCCCUGCUGACCCGGAGCUUCCGAGAGUGGAGAACUCUGACCCCUCAGCGGCCACAUCCGGGCGGGGUCCGGACCAGCGGCCACACCCAGGCAGCGUCAGCACUGCCUCCUCUUGGAGCAGGCCAGCGCCGUGGCCCCUCCUUGGGAAGAAAUCCAGGGAGCCCGAGGGAGGAGACAGAAGCCUGGCCCAUUGAGCUGCGUCCCGGGCAGAGACCAGGUGACAAAGAUGGCAGAGCUCAGGUCCCGCAGGCCCUGUGGAGGCUGGCUGUUUUCCUCCUGUGGAGCCAUCAGAAGCAGCAAGCCAUCCGGGGAGAGGCCGCACAGAGCACUCGGGGCACCGGGCAGCCCCCCGAGACUGCAGACGCGGCUGGGGGGGCCCCAGCGGGCCCCCAGCACCACAGAGCCUGGCUGUGCAGGUGCUUUGGGGCCUGGAGGCGGUUUGUGCAAAGAGGGGCCCAGUACCGAGACCACCUGGCUGACCGCCGGGCGGGGACCCUGAGGACGUGCCUGGGACAGUGGGUCCGGAUGAAGCAGCUCCGGGCCUUGGACGGGGCGAAGCUGACCCUGCUGUGUCUCUGCCGGCAGAAGACAGGGAACACGGCCUUCUGCAUCGCAAUCACGGGAGCCUCUGCUGCCCAGGGCCUGGGGGAGCGGGCUCAGGCCCGGGGGCUGCUCCAGGGGCCAGGCCCGGCCUCACUCCAGGAAGCCUGCCGGAGACUGGCCCUCCAGCGGGCCCUGCUGCUCUGGAAGACACGGCUCUCCCAGCGCCAGCAGGCAGACUCCUUCUUGCAAGGCGCGCAGCAGCGGGCGAUGCGACGCAUCCUCGGGCGUUGGCGCAGGAGGCCGUGGGGUCCGGGCACCCCGCCAGGCGGCAGCACCACCAAGACCUCCUGUGCCCUGAAGCCAGCGGCCAGCAUCCCAGGAGGAGCAGCUUCGCCAGCCUGUGGCUCACCCUGCUGCUCGCUGGCGAAGGCCUCCAGGGCCCCCGCCCUCCUGGAGGCUCAGGUGAGCUUUCGGCGGGCGGCUGAGCGGCGGCAGGAGAGGCGGUGCCUUCUGCUGUGGCAGGUGCGGGCCCAGCAGUCUCGGGCUGCGGCAGGAUGGAGCCGGCGCGGCCUCCAGAGGCGUGUUCUCCUCAGCUGGAGCCAGUGGGCAGCAGCCCAAGGGGCCUGGAGAGAGCUGGCCACCCGCCAGGCCUGGGAUCGGAGCUGCAGGGCUGUGCUGGGCCUGUGGCGGCAACGGCUGGCCCAGUGGCGAGAGGCAGAGCGGAGGGCUGGGCAGCGGGCCUGGGGGCUGGCGCGAGACGCCCUGCGCCGUUGGCACUCCUGCUGGCAGAGACAACAGAUCCUGCACACACAGUACGAGAGGUGGGCACGGAUCCACCUGCAGAACCUGCGGCGGGCCGUGUUCCAGGGCUGGCGGCAGGCGGCAGCUCGUCGGAGACGUGUGCAGAGCCACUUCCUGGCCUCGUGUGAGGUGGCAAGAGACACGAGAGCACUCCGGGCCCAGCGUGGAGCCCUGCAGGACGGCCUGAGGAGGAGGACACUGGGGGCUGCCUUUGCCACGUGGCGGGAAGCCCAGGCUGCUGCAGCCCGCGGCCAGGAGCAGCGUGUGGCCCAAGUCUCCGGGGCCUGCCAGGGAGGCCUUGGGCAGUGGGUCUGGACAAACAGGCAGCUCUGGGGGGCCCAGACCCAGCAAGCCCUUGGAGCGUGGCGAGAAGCCCUGGGCCAGCACCAAGAGGCCCAACAGCAAGCAGAAGGGAGAGCCGGGGCCCGAGCCCACGUGGCCCUGCACUGGACCCCAUGGGUGCACGAGGCCCGCCUUGCCCCCACCAGCCCAGCCCCUGCUGCCCAGACGCUGAGUGCCUGGGUCCCGGAGGCCCUGGCCCAGUCAGCAACCCACAGUCACAUCCAGCGAGCGGCCACCACCCGGUUCCUGCAGGCUGGGCUCGGGGGCCUCCUGCAGACCCACUGGGCCCAGUGGCGGACUGCACUGUUCAGAGCAAGGCUGGAGCGGAGGGCCCGGGCUCAGGAAGCUGAGCGAAGGCUCUGGCCCGGGAGCUUCCCGCUGCUGCUGGACACCCCAGACCCUUGGAUGCAGACCCUCAGCAGCUGGACACCAGCCGCAGGACCCACAGUGUUACCUGGGCCAACACAUCAGCACAGCCACGGUGGACGGACGCCGCCAGGGAAGAUGGCCUGGGUGCAGAUCUGCCCUGCCUUCCAGCUCUGGCUGCCGUGGCCUGGAGACGGCAGCUCGGCCCCAGGCCUGUCCCCUACAGGACCAGGAGGGCCCUGGAGCCCUGAGACCAGAGCCCUCCAAGGGGAGGACGGGAACAACGGAAGGGAUCCCAGGAGGCUGAGCUUCGGCAGUGGCACCUGGCAUGGGCCUGGCGGACAUGGCGGCAUCGGGUCCUGCGGCUGCGCGUGGCUCGGCGGCUACAGCAGCAGGAAGACAGCGGAGUCCUUUCCCGGAACAUGAAGCUGACGGGGUCCACCACCGUGGGCUGGAUGAUCUCUCGCCCCGGGAAAAUGCCCCAGGUGACUGCAUUGGGUUGCAGCUCAGGGGCGUUGGUGAUGUUCU